AUGGAAAUUCCGCUUGGGGCGCUGUGUAAACAAUAUGUUCGCUUGUCAACCUCAAAUUUCUGUGGAAUCAAUUCAAUAAUAGAGAAUAUUGUCAGGCCUUUGUUGAUCAAUCAGUUUCUAAUAAUUCUUGAAAUGGAGGUCAGUCAUAAACAUGAGAGUGAUAUAUUCGACGAGAGUGAGCUUCAACUCCCUCCGGAUCUCGAGGAUGAUGUCGUCCAGGAGGUACUCAGGACUGGUACUGAUCUUCGACAGUACUCCAGGCAAAUUGAGAAGGAACUGAAGGAAGUGGAGAACAGGAGCAUUCAGGAUUACAUUAAGGAAAGCCAGAAUAUUGCUAGUCUCCACAAUCAAAUCGCUGCUUGCGAUAAUAUUUUGGAGAAAAUGGAGUCAAUGUUGAUUGGAUUUCAAACGGAUCUGGGAAGUAUUAGUACGGAGAUAUUAAACUUGCAGAGGCGUUCGAUAGCUAUGAGCCAACAGUUGUCUAACAGACAGAGCAUCAGGGGUCCAUUGAGUCAAUUCAUCGAGGACAUGACUGUAUCCGAGUCAUUAAUAAUGGGUAUUAUGGAAUGUCCAGUGACAGAUAAAGAUUUCCUAGUUCAUUUGCAAACCCUCAAUCACAAAAUAAAUUUCAUAAAAGAACAGAGCUUCAAGGAAGCCAAAUCAACCCUUGAUGUUAAAGAUAUUAUCGAGAAGUUGAAGAUAAAAGCGAUGGCUAAAAUAAGAACGUAUUUACUGGAACAAAUAUAUAAAUUCCGAAAGCCAAUGACCAAUUAUCAGGUGCCCCAAAAUAAUAUGCUGAAGUAUAAAUUUUUCUUCGAAUUUAUUUUGGCUAAUGAGAGAAAUGUCGCUGAAGAAAUUUGCGGGGAGUAUGUGGAUACGAUGAGUAAAAUUUAUUAUUCGUACUUCAAAAGUUACUCGUCGAGGCUCAUGAAAUUACAAUUCGAAGAGAAACCAUCAAAAGAUGAACUGAUGGGAGUCGAGGACAACGUCGGUAGAGGAAUAUUUCACAAAACCACCUUGAAACACAGGGGAACUGUUUUUUCAAUAGGGACAAGGGGUGAAGUAUUAGGGGCACAGUUGGAGGAGCCAAUUAUUGUUCCGCAUACUGCAUCGAAAAUUAGGUAUCAUUACGAAGCACUCUUUAGGAGCGAGCAAUAUGCCCUGGUGGACAAUGCCUGUCGUGAAUAUCUGUUUCUAACAGAAUUUUUCAAAGUUAGAGCAGCACAAGCUAUGGAUAUUUUUAACCAGGUAAUGGGGAGUACCUUGACCCUGAUGCAAAAAAAACUGCAAUCUUUUGUCGACGAUUGCUACGAUACAAUAGCCCUUUUCCUGUGUCUCCACUUGGUGAUGCGGUAUCAGAUGACUUGUCACAAGCGAGCUGUGCCAGCACUUGAUAAAUACUGGGACAAUUUAACGUCCAUCAUAUGGCCAAGAUUUUACACUGUUUUCACGUUGAAUAUACAGAGUGUCAAGGAUUGUGAUCCACUGAAAUUCCAUAAAGAGACAGGACCACAUUACAUCACAAGGAGAUAUGCAGAAUUUUCAGCGGCAAUGGUGGGUGUUGGCGAGGGAUUUCCCUGUGAAGGAGCAACACAACUUUUAGCCGAACUUCGAGAGGCCGUCCAGUGUUAUUUACUUCGCAUGGCUGCCAUUUUUCCAAAUAGGAUUCAGCAAUUAGUGUUUCUCAUCAAUAACUACGAUCUAGUGCUCGGUGUGCUUAUGGAAAGAACCCGGGAUAAUUCGAAAGAGGCCGAGAGUUUUCGUGAGCAGUUGAACUCUCGUUCCUCCGAAUACGUAGAGGAAGUGUUGUCUCCCCAUUUCGGUGGUAUAAUCCAACUAGUUAAAGAAUCCGAAGCCAUGAUAGAAAAAGAAUUGACCGAGGAUUUUAAACGUCAAGAACCACGAGCUCUUGAUCUCGUCCAGUCAUUCACGAAUAACUGGAAACGUUCGUUGGAAGAGAUCAAUCGUGAAGUUUUAAAAUCGUUUCCAAAUUUAGUACUAGGUGCUGCACUUGUCCAAAGAGCAAUGACACAACUAGUUCAGUACUAUCAUCGAUUACACAAGAUUCUCCCAGCGAAUGCGAGAGCACAGCUCACUAAUAUUCAUCACAUCAUGGUGGAGAUAAAGAAAUAUAAGACUAAUUACUAAGGUUAUUGUGAAUAGCGUUGUGAAGAGAACUAUUGAUUGGGUCAAUGUGAUCCUGAGGUAGUUUUGGAGAAUGUCGUUGACAACGGCUUUGGGUUUUUGUUAAUAAAUAAAUAAAUAUUUGA